ACUAACUGAGAAGCCAGCAUAAGCAAUAUGCUUAGCACUGCAUUGCUGAUCCUCAAAAUCAACCUUAACAUUGGUGGAACCUGAUGAGUCAAUGCAGCAGCUCAGUCUGGUGGCGUGACUAAAAGGAGAAGCAUGCAGUUCAUGGUAACACUGUACAAUAAGGUUGUAUUGGUUAACAUUAGUUAAUGCUUUAGCUAAUAAUAACCUAUCAUCUAUAGCAUUUAUUCAUUGUAUAGUUCAAAUUAAUUGCAGCAUUUACUAAUACAUUAAUCAAAAGUUAUAAUUUAGUUUUUCAGGUUAACCAGAUGUACUGUACAUAAAUAUAUUUUAAUUUUUUCAAAGGUUAAAGUUAAAAUAGAUCAAACUGGAAUGGAAAACAGGGGCAAAUAGCUUAUGAGAGACGUGUAUGUGCAAAUCUUUAUCAUCUGAUUGAUUUUUACUGAUACCUGAUACUGAAGAAAGCUUACUCUCUUUGCAAGGCACGUUUAGAUCUCUCUAGAGUCAUCCAACAUGUUGCUCAGCAACACCUUUUAUUUAUUUAUAGGCAACAUAAAUGUUCAAGCUGAAUGCACAGAGCUCAAUACUGUAGCAGUGAAAAACAUACUGACACAUAAUAUCUGAGAUUUACCCAUAUAAAAACAGGGCAUAUGCAAAAUAGCUUUCCCUAUAAUAUAGAUGGGUGUGGCUUAUGUGCUCCAAAUCACCUGUGGCAUGCAAAUAUUGUCAUUUAGUACCUGCACCUGUGAAGAGAUAAGAGGCAAAUUUUAAUUUAAAACACUGCAUUGGCAAAACCAGGACGUAAUGGUUCGAGGAAAAAACUAUUUCAUUUGUUUACUUCAUUUACUUAUUUCAGGAGAGCACAAAAGUCAGAAUGAAAAAACAUUGGGGAUCUCGGAGGACUGGUGAAGGAAGGAUGUUACGGGAACUGCGCGGGGAGAAAAUUCCAGAUAAGUGAUAGGGUUAUCUGAAACCAUCAGAAAAAAACUGAACUUCAUAAUUUAAAGUCCAUGGCACGCUCUAGAUGCAAUGGAAAGAUCUUAUGCCUGUGUCUCUUGCCUUGUGUGAUGGUAAGCCACCUGUUGGUGUACAUCAUGGUGUCCAUAUUUGUUGCCGUCUCCUACACCCCUCCUGUUCCACAGCUGCCACUUCAUUUCAUCGCCACUGGAGCCUCUGACAGCUCGGAAGAUCUAGCAUCCCAUCCAAUUAACCCCUUCUGGAACCUCCAACCAGAAGAAGGGGCACUGUGGAACCGCCUCCAACACAUUUGGGACAGAGAACACAAUCCUAUACUGAGAGGUAACGUGACAAGGCCCAUAAGUCCGAGAUUUGGCACGGCACAUACCCAAGAGACUAGGAAAACGUCUGUUUGUGGACAGGAUGAGAUGUGGGCAUCACACUUGCAUGACUUUAAUAACCUACCUGAGCAAAUGAAGGAUUUUGUCUUGUCCAUGCACUGCAGGCAUUAUCCAAUCCUAUUAAACCAACCUGAACUGUGUGCCGGGGAGGACAUUUCAACAGAGACUCCUUUUCUCCUGAUGGCGAUUAAGUCUCAAGUCGGAAACUUUGAGAACAGGCAGGCCAUAAGAGAAACAUGGGGGCGGAGCGGCUGGAUCCAAGGAGACGGUGGAGGAAGAGUCUGGUUCGUACGUACCAUCUUCUUACUCGCAAGGCAAGACACAGAGACGGGCCCUCACCCGGACCUGGGUGCCCUGCUGGAGUUGGAGAGCAGGAAUCACGAAGACAUCCUACAGUGGGAUUUCAGAGAUACUUUCUUCAAUCUAACCCUGAAAGACAUCCUCUUCUGGGACUGGCUUUCAAUGCACUGUCCUCAUGUCCACUUUAUUUUUAAAGGAGAUGAUGAUGUGUUUGUCAGGACGAGAGCUCUCCUAGAUUAUCUAAACCAACAUGACGAUACAUUACAAAAGACAGACCGAAACAAAACAAAGCAAUCGGAUGAUUUCGUUAUGGGGGAUGUUAUCGCCAAUGCCUGGCCAAAUCGGCAACCUGGUACUAAAUAUUACAUACCUGAAAGCUUCUAUAAGGGAACGUACCCGGCAUAUGCAGGAGGUGGGGGCGUGGUUUACACCGGGUCUUUGGCCAUGCGUUUACGGGAAGUUUCUCGGUGGGUGAGUCUGUUCCCUAUCGAUGAUGUUUAUUUGGGGAUGUGCCUUCAUAGACUCGGAGUGUCUCCCACUCAUCAUUCUGGUUUCCUCACCUUUGACCUUCCGGAGGACCUGCGAGAAAAGCCAUGUGCGUAUCAUAAUGUUCUCCUAGUGCAUAAACGCUCCCCGAAAGAAAUGCUAACACUGUGGAGGGAGCUACGAGUUCCACCCCAGGGGUGCUAAAAUAGGAUGUCAAGUAAGACUGAUAUGGAAAGAAUAAUUUGUUUAUUGUUUAAGGUUUUCUACCACAAUGUAUUUUUAUGCAGAUUGGGGAUUUUUAUUUGCAUAAAAAGUUUGAAUGUUAUGUAUAAAGAAUUUUCAUUAUGAAAGGAUCAAAAUAUGAAAGCAAGACAGUAAAUAAGCUAAAUACAUGGGAAUAAAGCCAUGGUCACACUAGACUUUCAGCGUGUAAUAUGAAGACACCUGCAUAUGGGCAGCAACCAGACAUAUCAGAUCAGAAGUGUUUAUUUUAUUUACACAUUGCAAUGUGCUUGCACUGUUAUGGUUGCUUUUAUUAUUAUUGUACAAAAUAGGAUUGUGUGAUACUGUUAUUUUCGCUGUGACGUAGAAAUCAUUACUUAAACAUUGGUAUUCAUGUGAUUUUAAUUCUCUUCACCAAACCUGAUCUUUGGAACUUCGGAAAUACAGUUUUUUUAAAUACAGUUUUUUUUAUAGUAGGUUUAUGGCCUAAAACAAGUUUUCCCAGAGCUAUUUAUUUGAUAACUUAGUAGUUGACAAAAAAUUGAUCUUCA